AUGAGCUCCCCCUCCCAUACCCCUAAUCCGUCCCCUACCCAAUCCCCUUCCCAGUCCCGUUCUAACCAUGCUGUCACCCCUCCCAGCCAGCCGCCCAACUCUAACUCUGGAGGCGUAACCCCUUCCCCUUACCCUUCCCCCAACCGGGGGUCUUCCUCCCGCCCAACCUCUCACCCUCCCACCCCAACUGCCUCUCAGCCUUCUUCCCGGGCUUCGUCCCAAUCCCCCAGUCCUCACAUCCAACAUGUGUCCCGAGGAGCUUCCCAAGCCUCCACUCCACCUGCCUCCAAAUCUCCUUCCCAGUCUGGUUUAAAAACUCUCUCUCGGAACCCUUCUCUAACGCCUGCAGGGUCUGUGUCCAGGUCCCCCUCCCACAGCCCUGCCACCUCGGCCUCCUACAUUGGGCCCAUUCGGGGCAUUCCAUCCUACAUUACCCCCUAUGUUCCCCACUUCAUGAAGGAGCCCCCCUUUUUCCAGCCUCCUACAGCACCACUUCCCCUGAACCGGUGCUUUCCCUGUCCCUUCCCCUGCAAAGCCCAGGAGCGGCCACCACCACCGCAGCCACCUGAUUCACUCUACUUUCCCCUCCUUCCACCGCCCCCCCACGUUCCCCAAGGUAACUGCGCCUACCCCACGCCUCCCGCCCUGUUCACACCCCCAUCCUCUCUCAGCUACUCUCCACCCACCAAUGUCCUGGUAGGCGGGAAGCCUCAUGUGGUGCCCACCGUCCUACCGGCCACCUUCUACACCCCCUUCUCCCGCUACUAUGCCCAGCCCCGGCCCUACCGCCAUCACCGUCGCCCCAGUGCCUUCCCUCUCCCCUCUCUCUCCCACUUGCAAUACGAUGGUUCUGGGCGUUCUGUCCACUUCUAUCGUGGGUCCUAG